GAACAACUGUGGCUUGACUACCUAACCCCCCAGCUCCAGUCAGUUCCCUGCUGGAGCACAGUAAGAUACAGCGAAGGAGCUGGUAGGCUGGGUCUUGGAACGGCUGGCGUCACAUACACAGCUACCAACUCCAUCAUAGUCCAUCGCCGACCUUGACCUUCAUUAACGAGAGGCCAUCGCCAGCCUUUUACCACUUCAACCUUGACCCUAUACAGGGCUUUCCUUAUCAUCCUCUCACCUUUUGAAUCUACCAAAUCCAUAUAAAUCUGCCCAUCAUGUCGCAACACGCCUUGUCCGACCAGCAGGUCAACAAUGAGCUCAGCAAGAUGACGGCGUUCAUCAAGCAAGAAGCCAUGGAGAAGGCCCGCGAGAUUGAGAUCAAGGCCAAUGAGGAGUUCGAGAUCGAGAAGUCCAAGCUCGUCCGCCAGGAGACAGACGCCAUCGAUAGCCAGUACGAGAAGAAGUUCAAGCAGGCCACCAUGUCCCAGCAGAUCACCCGCUCAACCGUUGCCAACAAGACGCGACUCAAGGUCCUCGGCGCCCGCCAGGAGCUGCUCGACAACAUAUUCGAGGAGGCCCAGAAGAAGCUCGCUGAGGGUGCCAAGGAUAAGGGCAAGUACCAAAAGGCCCUCAAGGGUCUCCUGCUCGAGGGUUUCUACGCUCUGAACGAGCCUGAGCUCCAGGUCCGCGCGCGCAAGAAGGAUUACGAUGUUGUCAAGAAGGCCAUCGAGGAGGCUGCCAAGGAGUUCAAGAAGGAGCUUGGAAAAGAUAUUACGGCAAAGAUUCAAGAGGACGAUCCUCUCCCCGAGGGAAUUGCUGGCGGUGUGGUUGUUAUCAGUGGAAAUGGAAAGAUUGACAUCGAUAACACUUUUGAGGCGAGAUUGCGACUCUUGGAAGAGUCUGCUGCUCCUGCAGUACGAGAGGCUCUAUUCGGCAAGAAUCCUAACCGCAAGUUCUUCGACUAAACCCCUUUGGCCACCAUAAAUAUCUCUAUAUGGGAGCCUCUACAUGCCGUUUCCAUGAGUGCACGACUGGGGAGGCUCUUCAACCAUUCGCGACCCGCAUUGUUCAUCAGUCUGCGCUUGUAGUUUAGAUGCUGUGUAUUGUGUUUGACUCUUUUGUCUGAUUUGGGACUUGGCCCGCGGUAGAAUUGAUUACACGUUCAAAUACUCGCGGCAUACAACAGUACCUAGUGAAUCGCCGUACGCCUUCAUCUUUUCCGCCUAGCCCUGUAGCUCUCAAGUUUACUUCACCUUGACCACGAUCGUAUCGGCGUCUACUGCUUCGUGGAAGACUUCCUCUGAUUUUGUGGGAGAUGGUUCAGCCACUUGAUCCGGCGCACUCUGUGGUGCUUUCUUGAGGAAGUUCUUCAUGUAAUUCUGCUGCUUCGGAAGGAAGGGAUCCUCUUUCUGACCUGGCAGGUCAAAUAUGCUCUUCUUCGCCUUUCGGCGUGUACGGACUGAGUGUGCAAGUCGCUGCUGGACCCAUUCUAUGACGCUUUUGGCUUCUGUACGAGCGAGUUUCAUACCCGCAUCGUUGAUCUUUCGCCAAAUUUCCCUCAGUCUGACUGCAAGCUCGUCGACAUCGCUAUUGAACUGUUUUUCCUUCUCCGGAUCAUCAGAUGGUGCGAAUGAGCCGUCAUCCACGACGAUGUUGAUAAGGAUAAUGUUGGCUUGGAGUAGGGCGAAAUCUGUCUUGGGCCCGACGAAGAAGUCCUCGUGAUCCAAGAGUGCUAUGACGCUACGAAUAGUAACCACAUCAUCGGGAUGGUAGCGACCCAAGCUUGGGUUAUUGAACAAAAACACUACAGCCAGUCGCCGUCUAAGCUCGUGAGAUCUGGCUUUGCUGAUAGGCAGGCACGCAAGAGCAUUGGUCCUCACACAUUGUUCUUUGACUAAUGUGUGCAGCUGUGUACAGGUUUCAGAGCACUGCAUACAUGUCAGUCAGAAUCUCGCGUACCACCCUUAAGUGUAACUCACAAAUGUGUCCCAGCCAGGCUGAGGAAUAGCUUCAAGAAGGGCAUGGAUGGAAGUUUCGAGCGUCCGAGAAGCAUAGACAACCGACUCCUGGGACAUGUAGGGCGAGAUGGCCGUGAUGAGCGAUAAGAAGGAGCUGAGAGAUGACCAGUCGCAUCCUUCAUAAGGCUCGGCACUUGGUUUCAGGAGAUUCAACUGAGAGUCUUGUUGUUCAAGCUCAGAAGAAGCACCGAAUCGAUGAAACAACUCCUCCAAACGACGCGGCGUGACAAUGCGCGCAACUGCUUCUGGACACGAGCUGAGCAAGUUGCAGUAUUCUCGUCUGACAAGGGUUGGAUUUUGGGAGCAAACCUCAUUCAGUAUCCAUUCGAAAAGCUCAUCCGGGAGUCCCCCCUGCAUUUGCAAGAGGGUAAGUGGUAGUCCCGAGGCGAGAUGUUGCUCACGUGCCUGGUAAUCGCCUUGAGUCAACAGUCUCCAUGGCCCUUUGUUAAACUUUUUGGGGGCAGCUGUGGGGGAUGGUAUUGUGUAUCCUUCACGAAAGAAGCAAUAUCGAAGCUGUGAGUGUGCCGGUGCUGACCUCUGAACGGCUCUCAUAACUUUCUGGGCAUCUUUACCGGUGUUGUUCUUGACAAUGCCCUCCAUCACAUCCCGCGACAUCUCGUCUGUUGUCAUUUGUUGAUCAUGUUGUUCAGCAUUUGAAAAGGCCUUGAUCUUUAAAGCACUUGCAUGAGUUGCAUCAUCCUGUCUAGCGUCCUUUGCGAGAGCUUUCAGGUCGAAUUUAUGCUUCGACAUUAUCGCCAAUGGAGACGCAGGAAACUCAACUGCAGUUCUCUUGGCCCUUGGAGUCGCAAAGGGAUUGUGAAGAGGUGUACCAGUAGCCUUUCCUGGGCGACCUCGUCCGAGGAUAGCGGACAGAUCCUCCAGCGAAUCGUCUGAGGAUGCUCCAAUAUCAUCUUCUUCGUCUGAAUCUUUGAUCUCAAAGUCUCGGGGUAUUGGUGCUGUCUUCUUGACCGGGGUCGCCAACUUUUGUUCCAAGGGUGAUGAAGGUGGCUGUAGUGACGAUGGCGGGUUUGGUGUUGAGACUCUGGAGGACUUGGGCGUUUGUGAUUUUGUCACGGGGUUGAAGAAACUCAUAAUAUUACCAUUUCUACCCUUUUGAGACAUGGCGUAUCUGAUUCGAUAGCCAGCGCUAGUUUAAAAAAUGCAGCAGGUUAUUUCGAGAGUCUCCUGGU